CUGAGAAGCGCGACGCGUUGGCGCCCUCUAGCGGCGGUGGCUCUGGCGCUGGUGUCCGCGCGCGCUCUCUUCAUGCGCGUUAAACCGAGACAGCGCCUUCAUGUAGCUUCAGCAUGCAGCUCUAACAGCCAAGAGCCAUCUGAUCUUGUGAUAUGGAUACUCCUGAUCCUGUCAAGCUAAAGCGGCACUAUGAGAAGGCAUUGGAAUGCCUCAAUGCAGGAAUUCUGGAGGAUAAUAUGGGAAAUAAAGACAGAGCGAUCGUCCUGUACCGACUGGGAAGACGUCAUCUCCUCCAGUGCCUGGAAAUGGCAUCUGACCAGAAUGUUGCUCAGCAGGUUCCAGUUAAGGUGAAUGAAAUGCUGAGCAGCAUCAACACUCGGCUGGCUGCGCUCGAGUCCGCCUCAGCCACAGGACCCUCCGGGACCCGGAAUUGCUAUCAGGUCCUGAUGAAAUCACUUGGAACAGCCAGCAUCCAUACUGACAGAACACUUGCUUCAAAGCCUUAUGGUGGAGCUCCCUGUCUACCACUCUCACCUGCCAUUGCCUCUGAUAUGCCCUGGGAUCUGCCACCAGCCUACACCCCACAACGCACAGCUGGGAAUGCUUCUAUUUCCCAUAGCAAGCAGAUGACCUGUCCUUCACUAUCAACAUCACAGCUGGUUUCCCACCAUCAAGGUGUUCUCUUUUUCUUGCCCCAUGGGGUGCAGAUAUUCUUUGUUACGCCAGAUGGGCAAGUCAGCGCACCAUCAUAUCCAGGGUACCUGCGCAUCACCCUGAACAGCAGCCAGCAUUAUGAUAGUGAUGAUUCCAGAGACACCAGACAUCCUCUAGCUUACCUGCAGGUGUGUGAUUGGCACUAUCCCCUGUUUCCGGACCUGCCAGUCCUGCUUAGCGACACCGGUGUGUUCACAUUCCCUGAUACCAUGGCAGCAGUGCCUGGGUCCUGUGUUGGGGUUGUGUUGUCCUCAGAGCUGCCUGCAGUGGAUAGAGCUCGUUUUCGUGAGCACCUCUCCGUAUUUACGCAGCUCAGAGUUCAGUCUGCAGAGGAUAAUGGAGCAGAUGAAGCUACAGGCAGAAACAUUAACCUGAAUACAGAGGCUCUCGUCAAUCCUUCAGAUGACACAGCUUUGGGAAAAGAGGAGAAGAUUUUACCUGGAUGGAGUGAGAAGAUGUCACAGAGCAUCACAUCAGGGGCUUCAUGGCUCAGUCGGGGCCUGGUGCAGGGAGGAGAGGCCACGGGUAAGGCUAUCCACAACGGAGCGAUCAAGCUACGCGAACACAUCACACCAGAGGAGACGCCAGCUGAGGUCAGCCCUGGAGUCACCACAGGUCUGCGUGUAGCCCAGCAGGCUACAGGGGGAGCUGUCAAAGUCAGCCGGUUUUUGGUUAAUGGCCUUUCAACUGUGGUUGGACUUGUUGGGAAGGAAAUAACACCACAUGUCAAGAAGCAUGGCACCAAACUGAUCCCAGAAUCCUUAAAAAGUAAUAAAGGUGCCUGCACCAACAUGACUGGAGCCAAAGUGGUGGCAGCUAGUAGCGUAAACGGUCUCUCAACCAUAUGGUCAGGUCUGGGGACAGCAGCAAAGACAAUUGGGAAAAGUGCAAGCUCUGAGACAGUGCUGACUGUCAAGCACAAAUAUGGCAAUCAAGCUGGCAAGGCUGCAGACUCUGCUAUCCAGUCGGUGACCAAUGUGGGAGUCACAGCCUUCAACAUGGACAAUAUAGCCCUCAAGGCUGUACUGAACUGUGCAGGCAAGCAGAUGUCUAAAGCCUCAACUGCAGAAGACCAAACCAUGAACCCAGAGAAGAGAGCUAAGGGAAAGAUGUGUGAGAAAAAAUAAAGCUAAUCUGCUCAUCUGGAAGCAAUCAAGCAGAGUUCAAACCAUUUAUUUGUAUUAUAUACACAGAUGAAUUUAAUACACAGCUUAAAAGUAGGCCUUUCUGUUAUUUUAAAAAUGCCUCCUUUGUGAUUUUUAGUAAAUAUUAGCAAUGUAAUUGAAAUUUGAACAAAUGUAAUGAUGUAAGAAUUUAUACAAUGUUACAAUAUUUAAAAAUAUCUGUAAAAAUUUGUAUUUCUUCUCUAUCCCUCAAUGUCAGUGUAGCCAAUUGUAAGUAGAUAUUAUUGUCAUUAUUAUUAAUUUGAUGAUGAUGAUUAUUAAUAUUGUUGUUGUUCUUGUUGUUGUUGUUCUUCUUCUUUAGUAAUCACUUAUUCAUGGCCAGGGUCAUGAUAGAUCUAAGGAUGCUGGGGGUAAGGUAGGAAUAUCUGCAAGACAGGCCAACAAUUUCAGGAAAAAAACUAUAAUCAGAUUAGAAGAAAAUAAAAAGAAUGUCACAGAUAAUUAAUAAGAAUUAAGGGUUGUCAGGUUCCUGCUUAAAUCCUUUCUGAGAAGGAAACACCACUACACAGAUGCUACUAUUUGGCUGCAUUGUUUUGUUCAUUUUCUCGUGAAAUCACUCCUUGUUAAAUUUAACAAAUGACGUCACUCUUCUUAUUGAAACUUCUUAUAGAAGUCAGACACCUCAAAUGGCUACCUGGUCAAAUGGAAUAUGGAGAUUUUUAAAUAAAGUUUAGUUUAUAUAUUUUUUUA